UCCUGCAGCAGGGGGCGCUGUUCCUGCAGCAGGGGGCGCUGUUUCGCUGCUGAGAAGCGUAGAAGAAGAAGCGGCUCCGGUCAGCGCAGCAGCUUAGCCUGUUAGCUUGGAGGCUAACAGCUUUGCUAUGAAGGUUCUUCUGUGAAACGGUGCGUUGCGGCGGGCGAUGGCUCUGAUCGAAGGCGUCGGGGACGAGGUGACGCUGCUCUUCAGCUUCCUGCUGCUGCUGAUGGUGCUGCUGCUGGCCUGGGUCUCCACCCGCACCGCCGACCCUCCAGAGCAGCUCUUCACUUCCUCCACAGGCCCCACCCCCUCACCACAGGACACGCCCCUCACCCCCAGUGGCUCAGCCGGCCCUCUGUCGGAGGCCCCGCCCACCGGCCCCUCCGCCCAAGAAGAGGCGGAGUCUGAGGAGAGAGGCGGGGCGAGAAGGCCAGGAGGAGAGAGUGAGAGGAACAUGGUGGUUCGACUGAAGUUCCUGAACGACACGGAGAGGACGGCCCAGGUCCAACCGCAGGACACCAUCGGCUACAUCAAACGGACCUACUUUGCGGGCCAGGAGCAGCAGGUCCGCCUCAUCUACCAGGGCCAACUCCUACAGGACGACGCUCAGACGCUGGCCUCUCUGAACCUGGUCCAUAACUGCGUCCUGCACUGCCAUAUCUCCCAGAGCGCCGGCCAGGGGGCCGUGGGGGGCCCGCGGCCCGGGGACCAGGUGCAGGUGGCUCUGAACGUAGGCAGCCUGAUGGUUCCACUGCUGGUCCUGAUGCUCUCGGUGCUGUGGUACUGUCAGAUUCAGUACCGGCAGUUCUUCACCGCCCCGGCCACCGCCUCCCUGGUCGGCAUCACCAUCUUCCUCAGCCUGGUGGCCUUUGGCGUCUACCGGCGAUAGCUGCUCUCUGAUUGGCUGGUAGAUUGAGGUUCUGUUGCCAUGGAGACUUUGAUUUUUAUAUUUUUAGAUUUGUUUCUCAUCACUGUGCCUAUUGGAGGAAGUGGGCCUGUUUGUGUAAAGGAUCUCAGCUUCUGACCAGAUUAAACCGCUAAUUUAUCUGUU